UCCUCUUCAAGUGAUUUAAAGUUAAUUCAAACUCCUACUUGCUCUCUUUCUGAUUAUUUUUAUUUUUGUUUUUAUUUUCUUUUGGUGGUGGUUGUUGUUGUUGUUGUUGCCUUCUGAAAACAACAAUAAAGGCAACAUGUCAGAAAACAACUUGUUUCAAUUUGCAAGAGUGAUCGCUGAUCUUCCUGUUCAAAAUACAGUGGAAUCUCAAGAAAGAGAAGCAGAAGCAAGUCAUCAUGUACAAAGAAACAAUCAUCAUCUGAGUUACCCUCGUUACCUAAGUAUUCGCAAAAAUGCGUGUAUUGUCUGUAGUGUUUGUUUUACUUGUUCCAAAUAUUAUGGUAUUGACUGUACUUGUCAAGAAGUACAGCCCAGAAGAGGUAAAAAUUUGCCUGAAGGUGGAUUGGAUUCACGCGCUAAAAAGCUUCACCGUGAGGAUCCAGAAGAUUUUAAAUUCUCAAUAAAAUGGCUGAAUGAGAAUGCACACACCAUGUACAAAGAUGAAAAUGAUAAUGUGGUUGGUUUACGUGACCUACAAGAAGUAUCACUCUGUAAAGCACAUUCAAGCACACUCUAUCGAGCCAAGAAGCGACAUGAACGCAGCCAGAACCUAGCACCUCCUUCACCUGCUGACUCAAACGAAAUGCAUUAUCCAUAUCCACUCAACCAUGCUUUGGGUUCAGGUGGAUUAGCAGCCAAAGUACGUGAGAUUUCUAGUUUACAGCCACAGAUGAUGCGUAUGCAAGAGAUGCCUGAUUUCUCUCGCAUGUCACACUCUACAUCCAAUAAACGAAAAAGGACAUAUAAACCACAUAAAUCGCCGCCCAAGAUGGAGCCUUCUUCUAUCAGGCCACAUUCAAGUAUAUCUACACCUCUUUAUGGUUCACGUCAAGAGAAUAUGUUUAUGCAACCCCAUGUAUUUACCCCAAAUCAUUCGAUUCAAGAAUUUCAGCCUAUGCCAUCUCAAUUACCUCCACUGCAUCACCGUACUCCACCUGUUGUACAAAACUACCCUAUGGCAGAAUCCCCUCCUCGUCCAACAGCCACCAAGAGCAUGAUUACACCUAUUACAGCUGAGCCUAUGGAUAUUUCACCUAUGGUUGUUGAAACAGUCUCUCUUCGUCCCUCCAGUUCCCCUGAUACGUAUUAUUUUCGUAAUUUGGCUAUUACAGAUACCUUUACUUUUCGUGAUCUAUUAGCAGAGAUUGAUAUGACAGGUUCUCCUCCUCCAGGUAAACGUAUUGUGAUAUCAGAUGCGGAUAAAUUCUAUCCGCUGGAUCAAGCCAUUCGUAGCGUGAUUCGAAGACCUACAUGUACUCAUUUGGAACUCUGUCUCGGAUUGACGGAUAAACCGUCUAUUGAUUGGAGUACUUAUUCUUCUUAAUUUAAUAAAUUUCUUUCUUUUUUAUAUA